CAGUCAAGAACUCAGCCCAGCAGGGAGGUAGGCGUUGUCAGUUCAGCGUAGUCAAAUACCUGCGUGCUCCUUAGCUCGUGUGCCCUUUGCACUCCGUACCUCAUCUCAUCUAGUUCCUGCAGCACCUCAUGGACGACGACGAUGUUGCCUUCUGUGGCUGCUUCGGCUCGCCCAGUCCCCGGACACCCACGACGCCCUCGAAGCGCCCUUUUCUGCGCGGGAAUGGUCCAGGCUCGGCAAACGAAAGGCCACCUUCCAGCCCCUCUCCCCUACGGCGGUUCUCGUACCGCGAGAUGCAGCACGCCACGGGGAACUUCAACUCCACGCUGCAGCUGGGCAAGGGCAGCUUUGGGACGGUGUUUCGCGGGCAGGUGGACGAGUGGCUGGGAGAGCUGCCACGUGGCAGCAGGAGAGAGGUGGCCGUGAAGGUGCUUCAUACUGACAGCGUUAAAGCCUUUGAUGACUGCCUGGCGGAGAUCAUAGUCCUGGGCGAUCUGAGUCACCCCAACCUGGUGCGGCUGCUGGGGUACUGCAUGGAGGACGACAGAGCCAUCUUGGUGUAUGAGCUGGUGGAGAGGGGCGACCUGCACCACUGGCUGCACCCCCAUGACCUCUCCCCAAACAGCCCAUGCCUGUCGUGGGAGCAGCGGGUGCAGGUGGCAGUGGGCAUGAGUGAGGGCGUGGCGUAUCUGCACGGGCAGAACAUCAUUCACCGCGACUUCAAGUCACAAAACGUGAUGCUGGACUCGGCGUUGAGAGCCAAGGUGACGGACUUUGGAAUGGCAACGCGGGGCCCGGAGGAGGGGAAGAGCCACGUGUCAACUCGCAUCAUGGGCACCAUGGGGUACCUCGACCCUGACUAUAUUGAGACGGGUCAUCUGACCCCUCUCAGCGACGUCUACUCCCUCGGCAUUGUUUUUUUGGAGCUGCUCACUGGCCGCACCCCCGCCACCACCGCCACACACAACCGCCUCUUCCCCUGGAUCCACAAACAGCUGGCACGAGGAAAGGGCGGUGGAGGAGAAGCAGCAGCAGGCACAGCAGAAGAUGGACAGCAGCAGCAGCAGCAGCAGGGGGGGAAGGGGGGUGGGUUCCACAUAAGCCAGGUGGUGGAUCCGAGACUGAAGGGGCAGUUCUCAGUGUCAGCAGCGCAGAAGCUGCUGCUGAUCGCCAUGUACUGCAUUCAGGAGGAGCCGAUUAAGCGACCCGACAUCAAACAGGUGGUGAAGAAAGUGAGGGAGAUCGCUGGGGCAGGUGGGGCGGUGCAGGGGGUGGGAGCGGCUGUGGCAGGUGGUGCAGGGCAAGGGUUGGUGGCAGGAAGAGCAGCAGGGCAAGUUAUGGCAGGGCCUGGAGGGCCAAUGCAGCAACCGGCAAGUGGAAUGGGGAUGGAUGAGCACGGUCAUUCACAGCAAACACCACAUGUCAUGCAGCAACAUGGAUACAUGGGUACAGGACAGCAGCCACCAGCAUAUGCUGUCAACCAACCAGCAUAUGGCAUGGCACAACCACAUGGCAUUGCUCAGCCGAAUGGAAUGGCACAAGCACACGGCAUGGCGCAACCACAUGGUGCUGCACAACCGCAUGCCAUGGCACAUCCAUAUGGCAUGGCGCAACCACAUGGUGCUGCACAACCGCAUGCCAUGGCACAUCCAUAUGGCAUGGCACAACCAGCAUACCCAAUGGCACAGCAAGGUCAUGAUGGUUCAGGAGGGCAGCCGGCACAAGGCAUGGUGCAUCCCAUGUAUGCCAUGGGGCAAGGGGUGGGUUGCAGGGCUCCAUAGCUAGGGUAAAUCAGGAGGGGCGCCAUGGAAUGGGACUAGGAGAGAGCAUUGCAGUGGGGAACAUACGAGUGUAGGUGGUAACCCUUAACAGCUCGCCAAUUUAUACACCGGUGCCCGUUACGGUAUGUGCUAAUUUAUUAGCCACCAUUGGCCAUGUAAAAGGCUAUGUUUGGCAGUCUGAUCUGGUAUAUACACUGCAGAAUAUUCAUAAGCUU